UAGGUAGCCGUAAAUGGGUUUUGAAAGGAUCCAAAUUCGAAAGCACUGACGAAGGAUUAUGGAUAGAAAUCAUCUCAGUGAAGUGUGAAUUUACCAAACACAACUUGAUUAACGGGUACCUAAUUUUCAGAACUGAAUAAAACCAAAACCAAUAUUUUCUCAUCAACCCAAAACAUUAUCAACUACAUCCCCAUCGUUAACUAGCAUGGCCUCAAACACUAACCAUGAUGAGCAAAAUGGUUACAUGUCUGCGUCAAGAAGUUAAGGACCUCAAUCGGGACCCAGUUUGCGCUGACCGAUCUUCAAUCUCCCUCUCGAGAGGCAGCAAGCAUCGUCAGCAUCGAUACCCAACGUUGACCACAUUCAUAUGCAACUUGCCAAACCCGAACUGCUACUUCUUCCUCCCACCGCCAGCCUUCGAUUUUUUCCCACUCGCUCCCUUGGUAGUGGCAACAGGCGUCUCCUGUUAUCACACCAGAUCAAAACUAUCAUCGAUGUUGCAAGCAAACAAAAUAAACAGUGCCCACAAACCAAACAUCAUCCCUGAAUCACUUCAGGCAGACUUUAACUCGAGCACACGUUACACACAUCCUAUAUGGUAUAAACCCUACAUAGCAAAGAGUUCCUUGCAAGAGAAGUAAACAAAAAACGCAAGCAACACAACCUAAAACCAAAACUUAAAAUUGCUUCAAGCCACCAUCCAAGAAACGUAUUCAGUUUUAACAUUCGGUUUUAACAACAGCACCAAAUUAUAUCAAACCACAAGGUCACUCAAUGUACUGGGAUUUGAAAUGGACAUCAAAGGUUAUUCAAUGUGUUGGGAAUAAGGUAAAAUAACUAACAGUGACUGAAAUGGAUGUGACCAGGGUUUCAGCUUCAUCAGCUGAAGCAGACAACUCUGGAAAAUGGAACAUAGUGCUUUGAACUCAGUUCCAGACUUGGCAGCCUUGCACUGCCAGAGACCCUCGGCAAGUACCAACAACUAAAGGCUGGAAUGGAGGCCAUUUUUGGCCUUCCCAGUGGUUUGAGAGACCCAAGAGUACAUGUUCCCUGUCAUCCAAAGCACUAAAAAAUUAUGGUACCAGUCAUGUUUGUAGUGCCUCAUAGCAAGCUCAGAACAUGCUUCUCUCUCCCUACCUAUUGAUGUUUUAGUGAAACCAAUAACUAUUCAAACAUUAGAUUGCUGAUCUGUGAUGCCAUUGUCUACUUAUUCCAGGGACCAAAACCUAUAUGAUUAAGUUAUGUGCCACGAGAUCAUGUAUCCUGGGUCCCAUCUAACUAGAUAUUGCAUGGACAAGUCAUUUACUAACUGAAGGGAGAAAACACUGAUUAGAAGUAAGCACAUUGUUUUAUCGAGAAAACAUUACACAGAAAUAGGCUUAAAGAAAGAUAAAUACAGCAGGGGAUAUGCAAAACUAUAAACAGGACAAGAUAAGAUUAUGCAAUAAGAAAAGAAUUAACAACACAUACAAGUUCAGAAAAGAAAGCAGGGCAGGAAUUUGCUUCUUGAGGAAACUUGCAGCACAGAGAAAGAAACCAUCAAAAUUCUUUACUAAUAGAUAACGGAUUAAUGGUAAUGUCCUCUAGCCGCUGCUAUCUCCACCUAACCGAAUUUAGAAACCCCGUCCAGUUUAGGUCAUAUGCAUUUAAGAUCUGUAGCAAACAAGUUGAGAAUUUACGACUCUAACAGCAGUACUCGAGUGCCAAUAUAAGAGGUUUCUAUCAGCUUGCAUGAGUAGGCAAACUGUACCUAACUCUGUCCGUUAGUUCAUGAGUUCAGAUGCAAGCAUGUCAUUUUGAACGCAAAUGUACAGCAUCAGAAGCACAUUCCAGAUGCAAUACCAAACUACAGUUUAACUCAAGUAAGCAUACAUGCAUGCAUCAACAAGCAGAUUUAUUCAAUUUUAACUUUCAACUUCUACCUGUCUAUUACACAACACAGAAUGAUGAUAUCCUAUCAAGUAAAGAAGAGUUGAGAAAAUAUCAUAUGAUAAGAUGCUUGCAAUGGCACAUUACCUUCCGCUUAAGGGGAAUGGAUGUGCUGGCAGCAGGUUUGAAAAAUGAAUCCAAUCUGUGCAACAAAAAUGUAGACAAGGGCGCUCAUGAGAAAGUAUAAGAAAACAUAAAAUGUCUUUGAUACGCACUGAAUCACCAUUCCUCUAUCACUACUUCUCUCGUAAGUGUGAAAAUGAUAACUCUAAAUUCACCUAAAACUAUGCCAACAAUGAAUCUUAAUAACCAAAGUUAUAGCACCUAAAAGAAAAAUACAAUAAUGAUUAUGGCUCAGUUAGGAUUUUCCAUAUGCCGUGGUAACUGGUAAGUAGUUAGAGCAGUUGGCGUUUCGGAGAUGUUUGAGUCCAGCGAACAGCAGAUAAAUCAAGCAGAUACUUAGUAAAAUUCGCAAAAGAAG